UCACUUCAGCCAGUCCGAUUUUGUAUGAAAUUAUUAAUACAAUCUUCAAACCGGUUUGAGAAAAACAAUUAGACAUAAUUACCUGUUUAUCCCAUCAGCACCAACGGACUACCUGCUGCAGACUCUGACCAUGAACGCUAGUGAUACGAGAAAUACAUCCACUUUACUGGAGUGGUCAACAGGCGAGAAAUCCGAAACAAUGCACGGCUCGUCACUCACCUUUUCUGGUUACCUUCUUACCGUGAACUCCACGCAUGAAACAAUCAAAUCACAACUGAAGCCUGAGCUGACCAGCUACCUGCUGUCUGGUCUGAUACCGUGGACCGGAUAUAACAUCACUUUGAGGAGGCUCUAUAGCAGCGUGGAUGUCUGGCGCAAUAUUCGACGCACAAGACUUGGAAGAGCUGCAACAGUCACGAUAAAAACGGAGCCUUCAAACCCUCCUGCACCGAAAGAGAUCCGUGUUCUCGCAAAUGAGGAAGGAAAAGUGGUUGUACAGAUCGUAGCCCCUGACUUCUGGAACGGCUCUCCAUUCAAGUACCACAUACAUUGGGAGGCACAGGAUCAGGAAAGAAACUUAUCAGGCUAUAGAAAGGUCAACGUUUCUUCACCUUGGCCAUCUGAAAAGGAGUGGACGACCGCCAAUUUGACGCUUGUGCCGGGAGUAAGGUAUAACGUAUAUGUAUCGGCACAAAAUUAUAUUGGCCCUGACGUUCUUUUAAUGGGCCCCGAGCUUGAGGAACAAGUGACAACAGCUCCGUUAGGGGACAUACGAGCAUGGCAAGGAUUUUGGAGCCAAUUUGACUGCACCAUUCACCAGAACGAAACUCUCUCGGAAAUCGACAAGUUCAAGUACCUCAAAAGCUACCUGACCGGCAAAGCUGCUGCGGCAAUUGAGGGACUCGCCGUAAUUGCCGAGAACUACGAAGUUGCAAUUGACCUCCUGAAGGAAAGAUUUGGUAAACAGGAGCUGAUCAUCGAAAGCCAUCUGUCACGACUUCUAGAGAUCAAACCAGUCCAUGACUCCAGGAACGUCACUGCACUCAGAGCGUUAUACGAUUAA